GAACUACAUGCACGCACGCUACGUCCUCCCGGCGGCACACGCGUUCCCAAUAAAAUGCAGCAGGGAUCGCCGGUCGCAAUUCACAACAAGCUAAGCCCAAGAUGUCGAUCGCCACCAGCCGCCUCGUGCUUGCAUUGGCGGGCGUCCUGCUGGUCGCCAUGGCAGGCCGCUGCAGCGGCGACGAUCACGGCCACCGACGCGAGCUGGCCGACGGGUGCCAGCAGAGCGGCACGCUGCGGCCGGACAAGGGCCACUCGUGCGACGAGUGCUGCAAGGCCGGGAAGUCCUACCCGACGUACCGGUGCUCGCCGCCGGUCGUCUCCGGGAGCACUAAGGCCAUCAUGACGCUCAACGACUUCGACGCGGGCGGUGACGGCGGCGACCCGUCGAAGUGCGACGAGAAGUUCCACAAGAACACGGAGCGCGUCGUGGCGCUGUCCACGGGCUGGUACGCCGGCGGCAAGCGAUGUGGCAAGAACGUAAGGAUCAACGCCAAGGGCAAGUCCGUGCUCGCCAAGGUCGUGGACGAGUGCGACUCCCUCCAUGGCUGCGACAGCGAGCACGCAUUUCAGCCGCCGUGCCGCCCCAACGUGGUCGAUGCGUCACAGGCCGUGUGGGAUGCGCUGGGCAUCACCGGGGACGAGGUCGGCGAAUACGGGAUCACGUGGUCGGAUGCAUUGAGGACUCCGGGCAUUGGUGAUCACGAUGAUUCUAAGCUUAAUCAACGAGGGAGUGACUAUAAAUACUACAUGGAUCACCAGAUGACCAUACCCAACAAGGCAACAACUCUUCUCAGUGCUCGCAAGAUGUCGACGACCAGCCUCCUCGUGCUUGCUCUGGCAGGCCUCCUGCUCGUCACUUUCCCAAGUCUCUGCGGCGGCAGCGCCGCCCACCGCCUGGAGAAAUGCCAUCCGAGCGGCACGCUGCAGGGGCCGAGGACCGGCCACACGUGUGGGGAAUGCUGCAAGGCCGGGCACUUCUACCCGACGUACCGGUGCUCGCCGCCGGUCACCAGGCACACCAAGGCCAUCAUGACGCUCAACGACUUCGACGAGGGCGGCGACGGCGGGGACAAGUCGGAGUGCGACGGCAAGUACCACAAGAACACGGAACGCGUGGUGGCGCUGUCCACGGGGUGGUACCACAGGGGCAAGCGCUGCCACAAGCACAUCCAGAUCCACGCCAAGGGCAGGUCCGUGCUCGCCAAGGUCGUGGACGAGUGCGACACCCUGCACGGCUGCGACAAGCCGCACGCGUACCAGCCGCCGUGCCGCCCCAAUAUCGUCGACGCGUCCAAAGCCGUGUGGGACGCGCUGGGCAUCACCGGGGAGGAGGUCGGCGAGUACCCUAUCACCUGGUCGGAUGCAUGA